UAUCUCAACAUCAAUGAGAGAAACAAAAUUACUUUACAAAAGAUGUUGCUAAGAGCAUUUACGCUACGUACAUAUGUAUUAGCUUUGAAACCAUAGUAAACAAGUUUCCACCGGAUACCAGUUUAAAAGUUUGUCUAAUAAACAAUUGCUUUAGCAAUGGAAAAUUUGUGGUAUCCUCUCACACAGUCUAAUAGCAAUUUUGUUUUUGUAUCGUGUUUAAAAAUUUGAUCGAAGCAAUUCUCCAUUUUUAUGCUCCAAUAAAUUUCGAAAAUUUCCCCAAUAUUUUUAGUAUAUAUUUUGAGCUAAAUAAAUCUGACCCAAAUUGAAGUUUACAAGCAUAUAAUCAGUGAUUUUUCGUAACUAUAAGAUACUUAUAUUUUAUAUAGAUACAAUUGGCGACACACAUAUAACAUAACCACUAUGGCUCAUCAUACAGUUAUAACAUUGGAGAAGCCUUUGCAGCAUUUGGCAUUAUCUGACUGGAAUGGUCGUGUGAAUCAAUUAAGGAAUGUAGCCGAUGCAAGGCGAAGCGACGCUUUCAACAUCCGACACAGUUCACGAACUCUGCGCAAUGAGACACGCAUCGAAGGCGAUUGGACGAAUUACGAAACUAAUGAGGCAUUGGCAGAUCGCAUUGCAGAAUUGGCGAGGUGGCGCGAAACUAUCGCCAGAACAUUCGAAAGAAUUGUGCGGGAAAUGAAAAUGCUCGAGGAGGAGAAGGCUUCUACGGAACGGGAACUUGAAGCUAUGCAAACCCCUAUUAGCGUUAUUGCUGAAUGUUUGACCAUGCGCGAUUGUCGUUUGGGGUCUGAGUUGACCUAUGACGAUGCUGAUACGGAAAUUAAAAACGAAUUAGCUGUUAUUGAGAAUAAUCAACGCCUUCUUGCCGAUCAAUGUCAAAGAGCUUGGGAGAAACUUGGCCGCUUAGAAGAGGUAAAAUUCAAACUGGGGUUGGAAGUCGGAAACAAAGCGGAGGCUGAGGAAUUGGACGUAGCACAGCUUGAUUUAAAUAAAUUUGCAGCCAAUAUUACUUACAAACCUGACCCAACACGUAAUCCAAAGAAUUGUUGCACCUAUCAAGGUUGGUUGGAGCACACUAAGAAUAUGAAACAAAUGGCUGAGAACGAAUUGGCUGACACCUACGCUAUACGAGAAGCAUUGUUCGUGUGCCGUGAAAAGGCUCGCAACAUGUUGAUAACACAACAGGAACGCGCUGAGCAUGCCAUACGCAAGCGUAUUUUCGAGACACAAAGAGCACGCAAUGAACUUCAGUGGCAACAAAUGAAAAUGAAAGAAGAAAUGGAGAAAGCGGUUUGUGAAAUAAAAACUUUGGAGCAAGCGCUAAGAGAUAAAACCGAUGGAUUGAAAUUAGCGGAAACACGUUUGGAGAAUAGAGCGCAACGUUCUGGUAUGGAACUGUGCUUGGAUGAGGCUCAUGACCAGCUUUGUUUGGAGGUUCAGAAACUGCAGGCUAUACGACGUCGUUUAAUGGACAAAAUUGAUGAAUCUAAAGCAAAUUACAAUUUAUUGGAAGAACAUGCACAAAAAAUUGAUGUUGAUUUAGAGAACAAAGAGCACUCCUUAAUGACAGACAUUCGUGCCUUAGAUCUACGCAAACGUCUAAAGGGUGGCGAAUUUGGCCAAAAACAAACUACACCAACUACGCAGACUGAUCGUAAUAUUGUUCUAACACAAAUGGAACAUGAGAUACCAAAAAAUUAAUUAAUUAUUUCUUAUA